CUCAGGUAUGACCAGUACGAUUGAAACUUUCGCAAAAUACGCCUCGCAAUAUACUCACCGGCUGCACAGGAUCACGCACUGAAUCAGAUAUCAUCUUGACAAUUUUACUUAUCAGUGUCAUCACUUUCCUCGAAUCAGAUCGCUCAUAGGUGGACCGUUAUUUAUUCAUAACGCAGUGCUUCUCUUCUUUGAUGUCGACAUAAAGCGGACAAGAUGAUUGAAAACUUUCCGGAUGAUGCUAUUAUAAAAGAUGUAGUGGAGAAACGACUGCGAAUUAUUCUAGAUGAAGGACCUCGGAGUCCAAUGAACUUCGAAGAUGUGAAACCAGAAUUGCCUCCUUUUUAUGAUGAGAAGAAAUUUCGAUUGGGUCAACAAGCCUUUUAUAAUAACGUAUUCUCCAUGAUGAUUGCAAAACUUUCCGGCCUUGUAUCGCUAUUCGCAAUUUCAACCAUACUGGAUGUAGUUAUGUUCACCAAAAAAAGCAAUACUCCUUGUUUGGCGUAUCGCAGGUAUGCGUCGACGAUACUCCAUACAUUCGUCUGGCAUGAAAAGGAUCCCAACGGCAAACCCAACGAAUUCUUGGAAUCCUUGAAAAUUGUUCGUCGAAAGCAUUGUAAUGCAUUCAAAAAAAGUACCGAGGCUGGUGUACAUAAGCCAACGCAAUUAGACAUGGCACUUGCCCAGUUUGGAUUUGUCGGAUACAUUAUGGUGAGUGGAGAGUAUCUGGGGAUAAAUGCCACUCCUGAGGAAAUGGAGGGUACGGUGCAUCUCUGGAGAGUCAUCGGCAGCAUGCUCGGAAUGGACGAUAAAUUUAAUCUCUGUACAGGAACUGUCCAAGAAACCCGCGCGCUUUGCCAAAGAGUAUUGGAAGAAGUUUUUAUUCCUUGCUUGUACAAAUAGAAACGAAAUUUCAAUCACAUGAGCACUGUGAUGCU